AUGGUGGCCCUGGGCACCCUGCUGCUCCUCGGCCUGCUCCUCACGGCCCCGCCGGGGCUGGGGCAGGGGCCGGGGCGGCGGCGGCGGCCGCCCCCUCCCCCGAGCCCGUUGGAGAAGGUGGCGGCCCAGGAGGAGCUCAGCCUCCCCCAGCUCGCAGGGAGGUGGUUCCUGGUCGGCAUGGCCUCCCGCUGCAGCUACCUGGCAGAGCACAGCCACCGGCUGGAGGCCACGGCGGUGAUGGUGACCGUCCUGGAUGGGCAGAGCUUGGCCAUCAGCACCUUCAGGAAGCUGGACGGGAUGUGCUGGGAAAUCAAGCAGCGCUACCUCCCUGCCCAGGCCCACGGACGCUUCCUCCUGAAGGGCCGUGGCUAUGGCAGCAAGGUGGACGUGGUGGUGGGCGAGACGGACCACAGCAGCUACGCCAUCCUCUAUUACCAGAAGGGCCGGAGCAUCUCCGUCAAGCUCUAUGGACGGAGCAGCCGGGUCAGCGACGCCAUCGCGGACAAGUUUGAGCAGCGCGUCAGGGCUGUGGGUCUGAGCGAAGACGUGACCUACUACUUCCCCACAUACGGGUUUUGCGACUCUGCGGAUGAGUUUCACAUCCUCGACGAAACGAAGCCGUAGGUGCAGACGGUGUUGCCAGGAGGUCCCCAGAGCUCAGCCCUU